AUGGAUUCCUCCUACCAGCCCGGAAUCCCACACCCGCACCCGCACUCAUCACCAAACUCAUCACUUUCAUCGGCGAAUGGGCGCUCUGCGUUAUUUAAUGCGAAUGGCCUUGGCUCCGACACGUCCAGUCAGCCGCCCCACCCCUCGCCCGUCAUCUCCUCUGCGGGCACUGUCGACUCGCGUGCGCCUCCGCCGACGGUGCCGGCAGCUUGCCUUGGUUGCAGGAGCAAACAUCUCAAGUGCGAUGGCUUGAACCCGUGUUCGCGAUGCAGGAGCAGCGACUCGGAAUGCGUCUACAUAGCUUCUCGUCGCGGCUACAAAGGCCCGAGAAGAAACACGGCUCACAAUCCGAACAAACGGCAUGCUUCCGACUCUCCGCCCUCGGUCGCCGGUGAUAACUGCCCCAUGCUCCUGGGCGCGCAGGUCGCAACGCCCGCCGCGUCCGCCAUGGCCGCAUUCCACCCGGCCAUGGUGAUCCCGGGCACCCCUGGAUCUGCUUUCGCGGCGACGCCCGGCUUGAACACUCUUCAGCUGUACAGGAACUCAUUUUUGGAUGGUGCCAGCGGGGCAAUGGUUGAAGCCAACCCGCAACCGCGGCCGCAGCAGACCAUGCCAGAACGCUGCAUUGAUUCUUUCUACUACAACUUCUAUCCUGGCCACCCGUCCGUGCUGCCAAAAGACCACCUUCUGAAGAUGGCCAAAGACACGAAUCUCGAGCAUUUACUCGCCGCUAUGCGGUGGGCUGGCUCGCUGUAUUUUGAUUCUGGCCCAUCCCGGGCCACCUUUUUCGAAGAAGCCAUGCGGCUGAUCUACGCUCCAGAAACCCCCAAGGAUGGCUUCCUGGUGCAGGCAAUGGUCAUUGUUUUGAUAGGGCUUGAUGGGAGCUGUCAACAAGAAAAAGCACGCGAUAUACUUAGUGACGCCGAGCAGAUUGCGAUCGAGCUCCAUCUCUAUUCGCAUACCUUUGCCACAACGCACGGGAACAGCAAUCCCCGGCUGGAAGAGAGCUGGCGACGGACAUGGUGGGACCUGUUCGUGGUUGAUGGCAUGGUCGCCGGGGUCCAUCGGCAGACAAACUUUCUCCUCUUCGACCUUGUCGCCGACGCCGGACUUCCAUGUGAGGAACACGAAUACGCCGCAGGGAACAUUCCCCGGCCCAUGUCGAUGGAAGAGUUUGACGAUCUGAUAUUCUCUGGAGAAGAGCGGGAACCGUCUUCAUUUGCCUACCGCGUGGCCUCGAUCCGGAACCUCGGGCGAAUGAUGCGAUUGCCCAACACCGGCUUCCCGAACGAAGAGAACGUGGAUCGGAUCGAGUCUCUGCUAUCCAACUGGAGAAUGCAUCUGCCAAAGUCGAAACAGCAUAGCUUGAACAAAGACUGUCAGCUGGAUGAGAUGAUGUUCCAGGCACACAUGAUCAACCAUGCAUGUUCGAUCAUCCUGCACCAACCUCUCUCGCAACUAGACUCCUCGCCCGCCCGUGAAGUCACCGCCUGUGCGCCCCACCGGGCGGUCUCGAGCGGCGACGUCUUCAACAUCCACACGAAACACAUCAUCACAGCGGCCUGCGGCAUCAGCAAGAUGGUGACGUACAACGUACCGAUAACGGGCCACACGCACUUCUUCACCUGCGUCCUAACGCUAUCGUCGAUCGUCCAUCUGAGCAAGUGGGCCCUAUACUUCCUCCAAGACGAGGACGACCUGCGGCAGCAGAUCCGCCUGAACAUCGGGGCGCUGAACAAGCUCAGCCACGUCUGGAAGGCGGCCAGUAGGGCGUCGGGCCAGGUCAAGGGUGUCGCGCAGGAGAUAUACCACGCCCGGAAGGCGCAGCAGACGAACGCGUCGUUCUGGGUCGGUUUCACGCAGGAGGAGAUCAUUGGCAGCAUGUCGGCUGACGAGGGCAUCAUGAGCGAGAUCAACCUGCUCGGUGGGAUCGAGCCUCCGAACCCGAUAUGA